AUGAACAGACAAAAUAUAGUACCUACUUUACUAAAAAAUACCCGGUUGCCGUUGGCUAGACCAUCAAGGAUUCUACUUUUUAAAUCCCAGUGGUGUAUGUGUCGUCCAAGAUUCAUUUCUAUAAAUACACAUACUGACAAUUCCCCACUUCCAGAGCAAAUCAACAAUACCCGCAACACAAAAAAACAAAGUAACAAUACCCCAAUAGAUGUCCUAUCCGAAACUUUACUUAAAGACCCGCUUUCACUCUUACUGUUGCCCAGCACAGACUCAGACAUUUAUGAAGAUAGACUCCCUGGUCCAAAUGACGAUGUCUGGGUGGGUCUUUCAUCUGGUGUCGAUAGCAGUACAAGUGUAGCUUUACUAAAAGAGCUAUCAGAACGUCAAAAACAAGCAUCGUCAGUCCCAGGAUCUGGUAAAGUGCGUGGUAUAUUUAUGGCAAACUGGAGUUCAACCGCAAAAUGUGCAGAAGCAGACUGGGCAGAUGUACAACGCGUAUGCAAGACAGUUGGUGUGGAGUGUGAGCGAGUAAGCUUUGAGCGCGAAUACUGGCAAGAAGUUUUCGAACCAAUGGUAGAUAUGUAUCGCCAAGGAAUGACACCUAACCCGGAUGUAGGAUGCAACAGACACAUCAAAUUUGGUGUUCUUAUCAAGUAUCUCAAGGCAAAAUAUAAAAACAACAACAGUAAGAAAUGGUGGCUGGCCACUGGUCACUAUGCACGUAUUGCAACACACAAACCAUCUGGCGAAACACAUCUCUUACGCCCAAAUCAUCUUCCUAAGGAUCAAUCCUACUACCUUUCUUCCAUAUCUGCAGAUGUUUUCCCUCAUAUUCUUUUCCCGCUCUCCCAUUAUACCAAGCCCCAAGUCCGUCAGCUUGCCAAGAGUGUAUUCCACCUACCUACUGCUGAAAAACCAGACUCUCAAGGUCUUUGUUUUGUGUCUCAGGAACAUAAUACGUUCCGUCAUUUCCUUGACGAGUACCUCCCACCUGCUCCGGGGGACUUUGUCAUCAAAGGCCUUGCAGAUGAUGGUACUGAAAUUAAAACUGUGGUUGGCAAACAUAAAGGUAUUUGGCAUGCAACUGUCGGCCAAAAAUCAGGCUUUGCACUUCCACAAGGCCGCCCAGAAACUAAGGGCGUCUGGUACGUCCAAGCGAAAACCCCUGAAUCUCGAGAAAUCACUCUAGUCCGUGGAAACAACCACCCUUCUCUGUUUUCCAGCUUGGUAAAUGUUAACCAUUUUGAUUUCCUUGGAGGAUCCCCACCAAAAGACCUUACAAACCUUCACGUCCAGUAUAGAUCCCUACAAGCACCGGAACCUGUCAAGUCUCUUGAGUGUAAACAGCAAGGAUCAUCUAACGAUUAUUCUCUUGCUGUCGAGUUUGAGUCUCCACGUCGAGCAAUUGCUCCAGGACAAUACCUUGUGCUAUAUUCAGGUGAUCGAGUAUUAGGCUCCGGUAUUAUUACAUCCACCACCCCUAUUGCAAACCCCUAUUCAUAA